AUGUCUGAAGCAAAUGCCCUGUCACAGUUCAUAUUCUCGCAACAGCUAUGGGGUCUCAACAAUUAUGCUAGUUUAGCGGCCCUCGUCGUAUGGACACUGGACUUUUGCGACACAUUGCCCCAAGAGAUCAGCUCGGUCUGGUCGAGGCAGUUCUCUCUGACCUCGGCACUCUUCGUCGUUAAUCGAUAUAGCUCCCUCUGCUACCAGGUGGUGCAGCUGACGUUCAACCUUCCAGGGCACACUACGAACGAGGCAUGUGCUCGUAUCUUUAUCGCGUCACAAACCUUCAACAUAUUAGCUUCUGCAAUCACCAGUGUGUUAUUUGCUCUGCGCGUCUUCGCCAUCUAUUCUCGAAGGACCACGUUACUUGUACUCCUCCUCGCUCCUGUUCUAGCUUCGGCCUUCUUCAUCAUCUACUACUCAACACUCGUGAGGGUGGUUUCCACAGACGGCACUCUAUUCAGUAUUCUCUCUCGAUGUGGCAUUAUCACCGCAAACGUUGAUCCGAGUUCUAUCGACCUAUAUUUGUGGACAGUUACCUAUCAGGACGCCCAUCGAGGGGUGGUCCUGGUCCGAUUGAUUGGGGGAUCAGUGCUUCCGAUCAUAUUCGACACCAUGGUGUUUGUCCUGACUCUCAGGAAGACCGUUUCCCAUGCGAUGGAGGCCCAUCAACUUGGACGUGCAUCUAUCACGCAGGUUUUGCUUCGCGAUGGCACUUUCUACUACUUCGCAUUCCUUAUGGUCGGGCUUGGGGAAGUACUUCUGAACGUGCUGAUACCGCAGUUCGCUGGGAGUCCUUUGGGAUGCAGUAUCGCGACCGGUUUCACGGUAGCGCCGACCAUCCUCGUCAAUCGCAUGGUACUCAAUCUGCGAUGCUUCUGGCAUCACCGAAACGACACCAAGCACGGGAGGCUGCCGCAUCCGAGUCUACCUAUCGAUCUUCCACGAGCCACGUCCCAUACUUUGACACAGGACGGAUGGCUUGGGGACCUAGAUGGCAAUAUGCGUAUAGACUCUAGUUCGUGGAACAAUGACGAGGAUGGCGAUAUUGAUGAGAAUGAGGACGAAGAGGUCGGCGCUGGUAGAGGUGCGCAGACGACGCUUGUUCCAGUGGUCUAUACUGCAAAUAAUAUCGAGGCCGUUUCCAUGGUGCCUUUGCAGAAGUCCGUGAAGCGUGGAGGACAUGGAACGGAGAAUUCAGGACCAUACGUAGAUCUUGGAUCAAUCAAGAAGAAAAAUAAGCAGCGAGACCCGAAUACGAGAACGGGAACGGGAACGAGACGAGACGAGAGUAAACCGAGACAGACAAAGAAUAACGAGAAAAGGACAGCGACCAAAAACGGGCCAUAA